UAUCAUUUUAUAUAUAGAGGUGGGUUACGAUGUAACGACAGGCAUUCAUGUAGUUUUAUUCAAAGAAUUAGUUUGCUCUAAAGACAAUUAUUAUGAUGUACUCAUUCCCAAUGUUUUACAUGCUUGUUAUAACUGCGAUGGUCACAACUGCCGAUGGACAGAUAAACCGUUACAUAAAUCCUACAUGGCUGGAAAUGGAUGCUAACAGUGAAUACUAUCCUGGUGGCGAAGUAAUUAGUCAAAUUCUUCAAGCUUACGGUUUAGGAGAUAGUUAUGGACCUUCGCGACUUAGAUCAUCCGUUCUUGAUCGGAAUGGUUACGGGAGAUCUUAUCCAAGAAACCGAAUUAUAAACAAUUUGAACAAUGCAUAUGAUUCAGAUCCUUUACUAACUCAGGAAUACGUUGAUCGUAAUUACGAUUAUGUGGACAACACAAUCAGGGGUUCUAACCUUAGGUAUAGGAAUGGUUUGGUCGAUAUUCCUCGGAGAACUAGGAUUAAUAUGGUUUCUGCGCCGAGGACUACUUAUUACUCAGCUGAUUACUUAGACCGAGAUCCUCCAUCACUAUCUUACUCUAGGUCAAGAUCAGUAAUCGGAGAUCCGUCCAUAUCGCAGGAAUUAUUAGUACGUGGACGAGAAACAUCAAGACUUAUCCCAAGAUCCACUGUGGCAACCGAAACCAACGAAAAACGCAAAAUGUAGCAAGUUUUCAUACGUUUAAAUACAAUAUAUUAUAUUAUAUUAUAUAUAAUAAGUCCAGUAAUAACUAAUAUCUUGUAUGAUGUGUGGCUUGUAAAAAAAUUCAAUUAAAAUCGAGUAUUUUGACUCUAGAAUACCUGUUCU